GCUGAGAGAGAGAAAAAAAAAAGAAGAAGAUGGGAAGCGGUGUAGCUCUCUUUACUCUCUCCCUUCUCCUCGUAACGCAUCAUGCUCAUUCCGCAAUCGGCGUGAACUGGGGAACGAUGUCGUUUCACAAGCUGAAACCUUCCACAGUGGUGGAUCUCCUCAAAGCAAACAAAAUAACCAAAGUAAAGCUCUUUGAUUCAAACCCAGAUGCACUCCGAGCUCUAAUGGGCACUGGAAUCCAAGUCAUGAUCAGCAUUCCCAAUGAGCUGCUCUCCACUUUCAGCUCCGAUCUCUUCGUCCAGCAGAACCUCUCUCGCUUCAUGGGCAAAGGUGGCGCUGAUAUCAGGUACGUUGCAGUAGGGAACGAGCCGUUCUUGACGAGUUACGGCGGUGCGUAUCAGAACUAUGUUUUCCCAGCUAUGGUUAACUUGCAGCAAUCCUUGGUUAAAGCAAAUCUAGCUAGCUACGUGAAGCUGGUGGUUCCUUGUAACGCGGAUGCGUAUGAGUCUAAUGUUCCUUCUCAAGGGACGUUUAGGCCUGAGCUAACGCAGAUCAUGACUCAGUUGGUUUCGUUUCUCAGCUCCAUCGGCUCUCCUUUUGUUGUCAAUAUCUAUCCUUUCCUUAGUCUCUAUCAAAACUCCGACUUCCCGCAAGACUUUGCGUUUUUCGAGGGAAGUAGUCAUCCUGUUCUUGAUGGGCCUAAUGUUUAUUACAAUGCGUUUGAUGGGAACUUCGACACUCUUGUCUCUGCUCUCGCCAAGAUUGGGUACGGUCAAAUGCCUAUAGUUAUUGGUGAGAUUGGUUGGCCUACUGAUGGAGCAGUGGGUGCUAACCUCACUGCGGCGCGUGUUUUCAACCAAGGGCUUAUUAACCAUCUGUUGAGUAACAAGGGGACGCCGCUCAGGCCUGGCUCACCUCCUGAGGAUGUCUAUCUUUUCGGUUUGCUUGACGAAGGAGCUAAGAGUACACUGCCUGGUAACUUUGAGAGGCACUGGGGGAUCUUCUCUUUCGAUGGACAGGCCAAGUAUCGUCUCAACUUAGGACUAGGCAACAGAGGGCUCAAGAAUGCGGAGAAUGUGCAGUACCUACCUUCCAGGUGGUGUGUGGCUCACCCGGCGAAGGACAUGACCCUAGUUACAGACCACUUGAGGCUUGCUUGCAGCCAAGCGGAUUGCACAACGCUCAACGACGGGGGAUCAUGCAGCCAGCUUGGGGAGAAGGAUAAUAUCUCAUAUGCUUUCAAUAGUUACUAUCAACUGCAGAUGCAAAAUGAGAAGAGCUGCGACUUUGACGGGCUUGGUAUGGUUACCUUCUUAGAUCCUUCAGUUGGGGAGUGUCGAUUUCUUGUGGGCGUUACAGAUAAAUCGUCUAGUGCUGAGCUGAUGGCAAGGUGGGGUAUCUACCACAUUUGCAUUGGACUCGUGGUAUGGGCUCUCACACGGUGUUACAUUUUAUAAGCGGUAUACUAGAUAAAGGAUUGGAGAAAUUACGUAUGUAGAGAGAGGGUCAUAUUGAAUGUAUUGUAUUUGGAGUCACUUUCUUGAGCAUGUAAGCUGAAAAGCAGAACCAGUAUUAUCAUCAUCUUCUUGGGGUUUAUAUUAGAAAGUAAGUUGAAAUGUCUCUCUCUCUCUCUUUAGUCUCCACUACAACUAUUGUAUCUUUGUUGUCAAUGUAGUUUCUACCUAAAUAUCAACAUCAUCUACUGCAA